AUGUCGACCGCAGCCCGGCGCCGCUUGAUGCGUGACUUCAAGCGCAUGCAAACAGACCCUCCUGCUGGUGUUUCAGCCUCCCCAGUUCCCGAUAAUGUAAUGACAUGGAACGCCGUCAUCAUAGGCCCUGCAGACACUCCUUUUGAAGAUGGCACCUUCCGACUCGUUAUGCAAUUCGAAGAGCAGUACCCCAACAAGCCUCCGCAAGUCAAGUUUAUCAGCCAAAUGUUCCACCCCAACGUCUAUGCCACCGGCGAGCUCUGCUUGGAUAUUCUGCAGAACAGAUGGAGCCCUACAUACGACGUCGCCGCCGUUCUCACGAGCAUUCAAAGGUUUGAGCCGCACCCCGCCGAUACCCGGAGCACUGCCAGUUUUGCUUACAAGCCAUAUCUUAGUCUACUAAACGAUCCCAAUACUGGGUCGCCCGCGAACGUCGAGGCGUCGAACCUGUACAAAGACAACAGAAAGGAGUACACUAAGAGAGUACGAGAGACUGUAGAGAAGAGCUGGGAGGACUGA